AAUUUACAGAAUGAGUAAGGUUUACAAGGCAGAAGACUACUUCUGUACUAAUGGCAGGGGGAGGCUGGCAAUUGUGAUGUUGAACAGCAAUAUAGAAAUAAAUUGGGAAUUGAAACAGUCUGACAGGGGGUUGGGGUCAGCUAGCAGUAACAGAUACUGUCACAUUGCUUAAAAAUACUUACAGAAAAGUGAAAGCUUUCUGUGGGUCUCCUCUAGUGGCAUAAAUUGAGUUGUAUGCAUGAAACUACAGCGCAACAGAAUGACUGCUGUGAAGGAGCUUGAUUGCAGCCACUAAGGCAAGUCUCUCACCUUUUAAAACUAGUUGCCCUGGAAAAGAAAAACGAGGGGCGCAUUUUUGCCUUUUGUGCCUAAUAAUGCCCUCCCUCCCACUCUGUUCUCGUUUCCAGCCCCCUCCUCCUCCCCCGGUGUCCCAAGCUGCAUUUAAUUGGUGGGUACUAAAGCCAGAACAGAAGUAAUCAGAUCAGAGUUUUUGAGCCGGGGACUCACGUGGAGACGCGCCGUCUGCGCAGGAUUACAGCGGGACCUUGAUUGAAGGCAGAGGCAGAGACGGAGCGAGCGAGGGAGCGAGAGGAAUCGCUGGGAGAAGGAGUGGGAGGCAGAAAGCCAGAGCCAGGGAGACCGCCGAGCGCAGGCAGAGGGAGAGCGAGACGGGGGGGAGAGCAGGGGAGAGAGGAAACCGGGGGCCCCCCGACGCCUGCAGAGAGGGCAAAGGGGCGAGGGAGCAGGAGAGAGGGAGCAAGGGGGAAGAGAGUGGGGCGGGAGCGCAGAGGAGAGGGUGGAGGAGAGGAAGUGAGCAAGGAAAGAAAGUUAGAAAGAGGGGAGAGGAGGCACAUAAAUGAGAGGAGCAGCCAAAGUGAAUGGCAAAGAAGGAGACGGCAGCUCAUCCUGCCAGGAGCCGUGAUCUGCUCUGCCCAGAUGGCGUCUGCCAUGUCACCUGGGGCUGGACACGCGCUACAGCAAAGGCUUCCUCGCCAGCCCUGGCCAAAGCGGCCAGCUCUCCAGAGCCAGUCCGGAUUAGCAGAACAACGCAGGCAGGCAGCACCAGCCUUCCUAAAGCAGGGCAGCUUCGUUCCUCGGGGAGCGCCAGAGCUGGGUUUCUUCCCAGCAAAGAAGAAGCCGGAACCGAGCUCCAGCGGGCAGAACCAUCGCAGGAGAUUACUGCUUUUCGGUGGGCUGAAGCAUUGCGCUUAUCUGGGCUUUUCUGGGCAGAACUACUUCGGGGAAUCCAACAGCGCCGGCCAGAGCUGCUUAUCAGAUGGAGAAUUUCAUGGACAGAAGCCCGACGCCGAAGGUGGUUUCACUAAGGGGAAAUCUGUGAAAGCACUGGGCAGUGCUGGGCUCAAGUAUCGACCUGAACCACAUGGUUUUGAAAGGCAGCAUGGGGCUCGACCAAGGGUUACAGGACUAGAGAAGUCCAGAGAAACUGACUUUGCUACAGGGAAGUAUCAAUCGCAAUUGGACUUUGCUGGAGAGGACCACCAGAGGAGAUUAAAUAAGUCAGAGCAGGGGAAAUCGAUAUUCCCAGGAUUUCACAGAUACCAUUUGCUCAAAUCGAAAGUUCUUAGUGGACAGCACCAUGACCGUGACCCUGUAAAACCCUCAGAUUCAACCAGAACCAUCUGCCCACCUGAACGCCGGUGUAAUGGACCUAACUCUCGCCGGGACAUUUCCGCAGGAGACGUUCAAAGGCGAUCAAGGUGGACCAGACGGUGGACUGAACACCGCCUUGCCAGCGUCUCCCAAAAGCUGCGAGAUGAGCCAGGCAGCGAUCGGCAGGCGCAGGAGAGAGAAACUGGCGUUGACCUAGCCGAUCAGAACCCCGUGCCAGUCCGGGAUCAGAUCAGACAAGUGGUUCUGGACCUCGAGGGGGUUCUGGAGGGACUGAAGCAAGUCCAUGUGGAGAUGAAAGAGGUUGUUCAGCAAAUCGAAAAGCUGACCUCCAGCCUUGAUCUCACAGGGGAGGAGCCUAGCAACAGUUACCCUAACAACACCCUCUGCAGCAGCAGCUCCAGUGGGGUCAUGGUGUCCAGUCUCAGCAUGGGGCAGCCAGAAGGCUCCAAGCAGGGAGACGCAGGCUCUCCCUAUAUAAAACUCCUCACCGGUCCACAUCCUCCUACUCCUAAUCCGGCAGUCAUCCUGACUUCCCUGAACCCAGAUCGCGUCACUCUGCUGGUUCCAUCAAGCAGGAGCGCCCUCUCUGCCACCGAGGAGAGACCAGGACUGGUCUGGCUGCCACGAGUCCAAGGUCAAAGCCCACAGGGUGGGACGGACAGUGGGCUGGCUGCUCCCGACCCACAUUCGCAGAACCAGGCCCAGGCUCGUCCCGUCAACCAGAGACCCACUGGCAGACCGGCAGGACCCAACAGUCUCCAAGCCGCCAGAAGCAAGAAACCACCCCCGUAUCCUCGAAAUGGAGAAAGAAGAAGCAACCAUCCUGUCCGUACCUCGAAGACUCCUCCCUACCCAGGGAAACACAGACUCCUGUCCACUACGGUGUGAGGCAACAGGAGCUGCCAUCAUCACAGAGCUGUGACCAGCUGGGCCCAGACCCCGGAGAGCCGAAGACUCCAGUCUGCAGACACUGAAGGGUUUUAUUACUGGCCCUGGAAUUACUCGUCGUGCCCUUGUGGGAGUGAAUUCCCUCUCAUAUUCCAGCGUGGAGAGACUUCUUACACCAACUGAUUACGGCAAAUGACCCCUGCUGGCGGAAGGAGGAAGCAGCGCUGCCCCCGGACCAGCGGCAACGUCACAAGGCGGCGGCAACGUCACAAGGCGGCAGA